ACCAUAGGGUUAUCAGGCGCCAGCUUGCUAGCUAGCUCAUAUUUUCCAAUAUACCUAACAGUAUUACAGUAUAUAUAGAGAUUUAUACCAGCUUUCCAACCAAAGCUUCCUCCCGCAUCUCACCCUGCUCAACGCAGGGAGGAGACUACCGCGGGAAGGAGAAGGAGGAGAUCUCGAAACUGUUCGAUCGGGACUCGAUCUAUCUAGAUCUCCGAACUAUCAUAUAAUAGAUAUCUACAUAUAAACAACAAUGGAAAAUCAAUCUCAGGUAGACAACAAGCAGCUGGUGAUCACCAUCCCGACCAACCAAGCCACUGAUCAGCACGAUGAUCAGGGAAAUGCAGCAGCCCCCGCCACACCGGCCAUACCGGGAACUGUAGAAGCCGCUAAGAAGAAGCGUGGAGGUAAUCAGAUUCUGCAGGCAGCUAUGUUUCUGCUCCGGCGUCGUCCCAGCAAAAAAUCUCUCAAAGCCCCCUCCGUGGAAAGAGUGGCCUCCAAAAACGCAUGGAAGCGCUUUGUGGGGUCAAUACGGCCGUUGCACCUCCAGGACAACCCUUCCUCACCCUCGUCGCCUAUAUUUGAGAUCGCUGCACCUUCUACUCCAACGGGGUCUGAAGCAGGAUACGAAGACGUGCUCCCUCCACCCAUGUCUCCGGCCCACGCCACCGAUUUCAUGUCCAGAUCCUCAUCCGAAGAUAGCAUGCAGAGCCGAUACGCAUCUGCCGUCAAUCUCCAAGAGCUGGACCGGAGCGAGCAGGACGAAGAUAAGAACAAGGGCAAGAGUGCUGAUAUAUAUGAUGGUGAGGAUGAGCAUAUCGACGCCAAGGCGGAGGAGUUCAUAGCUCAAUUCUACCACCAGAUGAAACUUCAACCGUUAGAUUAAAUGGCUCCGACGACAAUUGGCAGAACUAAAGACAAUUGAUUAGUCAUCAAUCUACCGAGGCCGAUUAUGCAUGCUCAUGCUCAUGCGCGCAUCAUCGAAAUUAUAUUAUUCAAAGUUGAAACUAGAUAGCUAUUAUAUGUCGGUUCUAAAAAUAUACUGCAUUUUAUGCUGUGCCAUAUAUGGCUGCAGUUUCAACUUAAUCAAUAUAUCAAUGCAUGCGCAUGUAUGUGGCCCUUUGGCU